AUGCGUUUGAAAAAAGACUGGCAAGCGUGGACAAAGUUGAUGGAUUCAAGAAAAGGAGUGUCAGGGAUAGGGUUUGACUGUGACACCGGUAUGUUUCAGGCACCUGAGGAGUGGUGGGACAAGAUGGAAUCGAUAAACAAGGAGUGUGCCAAGUUUAGGAAAAAAACCUUGGAACAUCGUGAGUUGAUGAAGACCGUCUUCAUGGGGGCAUCAGCUACUGGUAAGCACCAUUGGACCCCGGGCGAGAAAGUUCCUGAAGCUACUGAUGACUCAUCUGAUUCAGUGCACAGUUUGGGAGCCCAGCCAUUUACUAUUCCGAUACCCGCAGGAGUGCAGGACGUGGAUUCAGAUUCUUCACUGGAGCAUGUUCCGAUUGAAAAGGAGAAAAAGAGAAAGACGCCAUCAAGCAGUGUUUUAAAGGCCAAGAAGGCAACAAGUGGAGCGUCAGUUAUUGCGGAAAGCAUGAACACUCUGACAGAUAUGGUGCGAACGAAGAAUCAGCAGGUUACGGUGAGUCACCUCACAAGCAACAAAUCGCUGUUUACUAUUUCGGAGUGCAUGCAUCGCCUGACAGGUAUUACAUCACUGGUUGGUACGCUGUUAUUCCACUUCGCCUCGACACUUAUGGAUAACGCCAAUUUGCGGGAGGUGAUGAUGUGCCAGCCUGAUGACGACUCUAUCAUAGGGUGGCUUACCCAGAAGCAGCUUCAGUGUACUGCGUCGGCGCCUUUCGCAAAUCUGUUCGGGGCUCGCCGGAUGUGA